GGCAUCUCCCCCACGACCGGUCUACCUUUUUCACCCCCAACGGCCUUCCGCACUCACGUGCGCCCGAAUCCAGGGAAACAUGAGCGUGCUACGUUGCGCGAAGCACGGUGUCAUCGGUGUCGACAGUGGGUCGCCGUAGAAGGAGUGAAGGACGUUGAGCCGAAGGUGAAAGAAAUAUAUUGGUGGAAGCACGCCGCGGCAUGCCACCACGGCUCAACAAUUGACGGCGAGAGCGAUGUUUUUGUGCAUGACGACGUUUAU